AUGGCCAUAAUCGACCGAAUUGCGAUAAUUCCACCCCCUCCCAGUCAGGAGAUAUCUACAUACAAGCCGUUUCCCGAGGAGGUUGAGCGGAUAUUUGACGAGAUACUUUCCGAGGAGGCAGGGUUUCUGCCUGUGGAUGGGGAAUGGGACAUGCCAGGUGUUUCUGCCAGAAGUGAGAGCAUUUCAGGGGCAUCCAACCCCUCCUCCCCUGCGAGCUCUCACAAGCACUUCGUUUCCUCAUCUCACCUACCCACAUGGAAGUCAACCCCCACCUCCACCAAACAACACACAGAGCAAGUGCGAUCGCAGCCGCAAGCACGACCUGCCACCAAGGAGAUUGAAAUCAUAGAGAUCUCCAGUGACUCCGAAGAAUACGGAAGUAUGGACGACCGGGCUGGCAUCCAACAGAAAGCUAGCAAGAUAAACAACAAACGUAAUGGCGGAUCAGCACGAAAGGGACGCAUAACUGACACCGCCAAGGAAGAAGACUGUUUGGAACCAGCCAGUGCCGAUCACGCCGAGGAAGAUGUUAUCUUUGCAUCGGUCGAUCUGUCUGCGCGCCAGAGGAUUCUCGAGUUUGUUGUGUCUCACCAAUUCUUGGCGGAGCCUACUCAGCCAGUGAGAAGAUCGACCAGACGCCAUUUUACCCGCGAUGUAGGAAAAAAGGCUCUUUCUCAUGGGAUGCCCGACGAAGCUAUUCAUGGGCUGAUUCAUUAUGUGCGUCGAAUCUAUUUGGAUCUUGCGGGCGUGUAUUCUGGCACACUAUCUGAAUACGCCGAUGAUAUCACAUUCGGCGACGAGUUCGACGAUUCGCCCGAGGGAACAUCUCCUACAAAGAGUCGUAAGAGGGGCUUGAGAAGCUCUGAUCUCACGCAAGAAGUAGCCGCGAAGAAAAAGAAGCAACACAAAUGCCGAUCUAGACAAUCAGAUGUUUCGGAACAACCCUUGCUCCCAGAUGAGAAUUAUCCUACAUCCCCUGAUCUUCCCAAGCAACGAACCCUCGAGAAAAGGAAUCGCAAAAUCAAUGGCUCGGACGAUGGCAGUUUGCCAGAAUCAUCUGUCACCUCAUCGGGGCGCUCGGCAGGAAUGUCAAACGAGGCAACGCGGGGCUCGGGGAGCAUCGACGAGUCGAAUUUGGUCAAUACCAACAAAUUACAACAUCCACCUACUCCUAACAAAAUACAAGGCGAUGCGUCAUGCGUGGAUAAAAGCACAUCCAUGUGUAAGGAGAAAGUCCGGGCGAGAGCAACCCCCUCUGAGGUUGAAGGCAACAAAACCACUCCCAAACCCCAUUCACAGAAAAUGAACAACCCGCCCGCUUCGCCACAUCUGGAUUCUGAAACUAGCCCUACUCCAAGAAGACGAACUUCCUUGAAAGCGUCAAAUAAUAAUAAUGUGAAGGGUGACCAGCCAAGUGAGAGCCUACUCACUGAAAGCCUGUACGUGCGAUCCACACCGGUUACGACGACCACAAAUUCUUUGCCGCAAAGCCCCGCAAACAUGGGAAAGAAGAAGGAUCCUAUCAGAAGGCAGUCAACCGACGUUUCGUGGGGUUUCCAAAGCUCGGCGCGAGAGAAGCCAAAAUAUACAUAUGGAACCCCCCCAGCCAAGCCUACAUUCUCGUGGUCUCCAACAGCUGCAGGUAGCAGAAGUCUCUUUCUACAGAGCCCCUCAAAAGCAAAACAUAUUGAAACACAACGCAGACACUCUACUGGAGCUCCUCAGACUCGGUCUCAAAACGAUGCCGAUGCCGUUUCGACGUUUCCACAGACACCCACGAGUGCAACACGCAAGAAAGAAAAGCCCAUUGCCAGACAUUCAACGGACCUGUCCCAUGUUGAAUCAAAGCCAAAUGAAGGAGCUGCUGAAGAUUCCGUCCUCAAUUCCAAGAAGCUAUCCCACAAGGACAAGAGGAAGGAGAAGAGGAAGUCCACAAAUAAGAAGAAACGGGCGAGUAAAAAUGCCAUCAACACCAGCCACGGGACAGUCAAAGACGAGUGGGAAUCGAUCUCGCUAUGGGCCAUUGUCUCCAAAUCCGGCCGAGUGGGAUAUGGAUUUUUGAUCACCAGUGAUUCGCAAGGGGUGACCCCCAGUGAUGAGGUGGUGUCUAAAUACUUUCCAUUUGUCCCUGUUUUUGAUUCUUCACCUUCCCGAACCGUUGUGCAUGGCACUCCUCUUGUUCGAAACGACAAUAAUGCUGGGCAAGAUGUACAUAAGGGUUCCCAAGAGGUUGAUAUUCUUCCAGAAACUUUGUUGUCUGAUUCACCGUUGAGCGAUGUCUCUAGCGAAUUCGUGUUGGGCGAUGGGAUACGCGAAUUGCCCCCGACCCCUGCAAAGAGCCCUGCAAAGAGCCCUGCAAAGAGCCCAUACUUUAAUGUACAAAAACUUCCUGCGACCCCAACAAAAUCAGCCCAUCUUGCAGCGUGUCUGCCGCCAGAGGAUCUCAAGCCCCCACGACCCAGAACCCCGAAGACAUCUCAUUAUUUCCCGAAAGUUCCGCGCGAUCCCGAAUCUUGUCUUCCCUUUCCUGCGAUUGACUGUCCCUGUUUCGGUCUUGUACAAGAACAACUAGCCCACCAGCCAUUCAAAUUACUUAUUGCUACAAUAUUUUUGAAUCGCACGCGGGGUGGAGUUGCAUUGCCUGUUUUAUUCCAAGUCUUUGAGCGUUACCCGACCAUAGAUUGCAUGGCUGCGGCAGAUGAAUUCGAGUUUGUGUCUUUAAUCCAUCGACUAGGGUUCCAAAACCAGCGAGCUCGGAAGUGCAUUGCACUGGCACAAACAUGGCAGACGAACCCCCCACUCAAAGACAAACGUUAUCGCAGGAUCCACUAUCCUCAAAAGUUGGAUGGUCGGGAUGUUGGCCCGGAGGAAAGGCUAGAUUAUGAAGACCCUAGAUCGGCGUGGGAAGUCGCCCAUCUACCAGGUGUCGGUGCAUACUCCCUUGAUAGUUGGCGCAUUUUCUGUCGUGACGAACUACGCGGACUGGCCACAGACUGGCAAGGUACUGGUGCUACUACACAUGGGUUUGUUCCGGAGUGGAAAUCGGUAUUACCCCAGGAUAAAGAAUUGCGUGCAUAUCUGACCUGGCUGUGGCUCAAGGAAGGCUGGGUAUGGGAUCAUCACACAGGCGAUCUCACCCCGGCCAGUGACAAGACACUCCGUGCUGCACAGAUGGGCGGCGUGGCGCACGAAGAGGAUGGAAAUUGGGUCUUGGAGACUUCGCCUGUCAAAAAGGCUGCUAAUGGCUUACAUGCAGAGAACUGA